AUGGAAAUUUUACCUUAACUCAUCAACUGGAGCAGCCUUCCCUAAGGCUUCAUCAUUGAUGAUCGAUACGCAGUGGUGAGGCCUCUGAUUAAGGGUUCAGGUGGCUCAGUGUAUUUAGUUGAAGAUUUAUAAUAACAGCAAUAAAAAAUUAAAACAAGUGUAAAUCACCAACAUUCAAAGAAGCUCAUCAGCACACAUAAAUCUAAACUUGACUCAAACUCAGUCAAUACCAAUUCAUCUAUUUCACCUCAAGAAGAAACCAAGGGCAAUGAGCAGAUGGAGAUGAGCAAAACUCUGAUGAAGGUAAUGAAGGUGUACAGUUCACAGCCCGAGUUGGAAUUAUUCUAGAAGGAGUUCAAUGUGCUGUCUGAUCUUAAUAAGACUUUUGCGGCAUCAGGUUUUAGAGGACCUCACCCGAAUAUUGUUGCUACUCUUGAUGCCAAGCUCAUCAGCUCGAAAAAGAACGAGAUCACUCAGGAAUCGCAGAUCUAGGAAAGAAGAGCAGGAGUGCAAACUCGCUCUUAGUUGAGAAAACAGAGAAUCAGUGACUAAAAAACUGCAAAAAAAUGUAGUAGUCUUCGAAGUGGUACUACAGCCGCAGAACACGAAUAUGUUGGCCUUGACGCUGCAUACAUUGUCUUUGAGUAUUGUGAGAAAGACGACUUGUUUUAGUAUGUGAAAUCAGGGGAGACGAGACUGCAGGCUAAAAUGUGUCACUCGCUGUUCUACUAAGUCCUCUGUGGCAUAAAUUUCUUGCACGAGUAAUGCGACAUAGCUCACAUGGACAUUAAACUGGAAAACUUGGUCGUAGAUUCGAACUUCAGAAUCAAGUUAAUUGACUUCGCUUUUUGUGAGCCUAAAAACUAAGAUCUAAAAUUGUCUAAGGGCACUGCAUAAUACCUAGCUCCAGAGGUGCUCAGAACUUUUGAAAAUAACAGGAUUUUGAGGCAAGAAGGCCAGACCAGAUCAAGAUUUGAUCAAGGAGCCGGUUAAAGUCCUUCAUAGGCUUAAAUAGUUUAAGGUGAUAAUUAAUAGUAAAUUCACAAGACUAGUAAAAAAAGUGAUUAAGUAGCUCCUAAGAUUUUCACUUACUAGGGAGAGAAAGCUGAUGUCUUCUCAUUAGGUAUUUUACUUUUCACUAUGUACUUUGGAAUCAUGCCCUUUAAAAUUAACAAUCCAGAGGAUCCAAUGUUUUAGCUGUUGAGCUCGGGGAACGCUAUUUUAAUUGAACAGUUUUUCAACGAACAUCACCUAACCAAGCUUAUUAAUAGGAUACCUGGGUUGAUACCUUAAACUCUCAAGAAUCUACUUGGUAAACUUCUAAAUGCUAACCCAGUGCUUAGACCAACAAUCCACGAUAUAUUAAUGAAGGAUGAGUGGAUGAACGAUAUCAAUAACAUGUCUACUGUGUAGCAAUACGUAGAUGCAAUGUAGAGAAUUUAUCUAAUCAAUCACAGUUUAGUAGACGAGUCAAGUUUUAAUAUCAGUGUAAUGAAUUAAGAAAGUAAAGGAAAGCAACAAUAGUAACAAGCAGAUAACACCUAAUAAGAUAGAGACACUUAGACUUCCAGAUAUAAUCAAACUCACUAUCAGGAUGAAUCUGACCACACAACAGAUAUAGAGAUGGAAGAUUCCAUUAUGCAUGGAUAAUGA